AUGGCCGAAGGUGUUGUUUCAAUUGUGCUCGAAGGGCUCAGCAACCCUAUCAUUCAGGAAUUGAAAUCCUUGAAAUCCGUGGGUGGAAAGGUUCAGAGUGCACAAACCCAGCUACAAUUCAUGCAAGGCUACUUGAAAGAUGCAGACGCAAGCCAGGGACUCAAUGAAGCAAUACGCAUUUGGGUGGCAAGUGUCAGAGAUGCUGCUUAUGAUCUUGAGGAUGUCAUUGAAACUUAUGUCUUAAAAGUGGCUUUCAAGAGGAAACCAAAUGUUUUGACAUGGUUUACUAGCAUCUUCAUAAAAGGAGUUAAUCUUCAUCGGAUUGGCUCAGACAUUGAGAAAAUUACAACCGAAAUUUCACAGCUGAGUUCGAUUAUGCCAAGUUUUAACCUACACCACACAAGAGAGAGUGGAGGUGACACUUUUUAUCAAAGGCAACAGGAGCGGAGGAUAGCUUAUCCUCAUAUUGUCGACCCUCAUGUGGUUGGUUUAGCCCAGGGAACAGAGAUAUUGGCUAUGCAUUUGAUCAAAGAAAAAGGCCCCCGAGUUGUUUCUAUUUGGGGGAUGGGCGGAUUGGGUAAAACCACUCUUGCAAAACAAGUUUAUCAUCAUGGUGAAGUUAAGCGUCAUUUCAAUUGUUUUGCCUGGGUGUGUAUCUCUCAACAAUGCCAAGCACGGGAAGUUUUGGAAGAAAUUCUGACUAAACUCAUUUCUCCUACCAAUGAGCAAAGACAAGAAAUUGCAAAAUUGAAGAUUGAUCAAAUAGCAGAGAGGCUUUGGAAUACGCAAAGAGAAAGGAAAUGUUUAGUGGUGUUGGAUGACAUUUGGAGUAGUGAUGCGUGGAGCUCUUUGCAAGCUGGAUUUCCAACGAAUAAGGAAACUGAGAGCCGAAUUUUACUCGCUACUCGCAACAAAGAAGUUGCUUCAUAUGCGGACAAAAAUGGUUUCCUCUUCGAACCACAGUCAUUGAAUGAUGAUGACAGCUGGAAACUGUUUGAGAAGAUAGCAAUGUAUGGAAUGGAAAAUACAAACCCUAGAAUUUAUGAACAAAAGAAAGAGCUAGGAAUGAAGAUGCUUCAACAUUGUAAAGGUUUGCCACUAGCCAUCACGGUGCUUGCAGGACUUCUAAAUAGAAAAGACACAAUUGAUGAAUGGACUACGGUGCAUAAGAAUAUUGAUGCAUAUAUAAGGAGAGGCAGAGAUCUUGGGCCCAAUUCUAGAGGUGAAGGAUAUGAAGGGGCGAAAGAGGGGAACUUUGUCCAUAUCAUCAAUUAUUCUGUAGCUUCUGAGACCAAGGAACCUCCAAACGGUAGAGUUCGAAGACUUGCCUAUUUGGACCAUACGGUUGAUGCAUAUGGUUCGGGAAAAGGUGAAAAUUAUGGACACGUUAGGUCUUUGUUAUACUUUGACACAAUACACUCCAGUAUCUCAAAGGUAUUAUGGUCACUAUUGAAGAACUUGACAUUGCUUAGAGUUUUGAAGUUUGAAGGUUUGACUGAAAGAAAGUGGAAGUUACCGGAUGAAAUUGGGAAUCUAGUGCACUUAAGGUUUCUAAGUGUAAAGGGUAGUGCUAUUGAAGCGGUGCCAUCAUCUAUAGCAAAGUUGGUAUGUUUGCAAACUCUAGAUUUACGUAGCAUAUAUGUGUGGAUUAAAAUUCCAAAUGGAAACGUGUUUUCCAAGAUGGAAAAAUUGAGACAUAUAUAUUUACCUGAAUAUCCGAGUGCAAGAGAGAAAAGCCGGUUAUUUGCUACUGAGGCAAUGAAUUUGCACACGGUAGUCAAUAUUUGUAUUCAUGUAUCAUCUGAUCUAGAUGAUUUUGUUAAACUAACCAAUCUUAGAAAAUUGGGAGUUAUCAUAUUUGACAGAGGGGAAAAAAAGGAGAAAGGGACAAACAUCAUAUUUGAGCAUCUCCAGUCUCUAUCGGUAUACUUUGCUUCCGAGGGUGUUGUAUCACAGAACAUCAUAUUACGCUGUCCUAAUAUAUACAAGUUGCGACUACGCGGAGAAAUCAAACAGUCACCAGAAGACCUCUUGUACCUUAAGAACCUCACCAAGCUUACACUUAGUAGAUUUUGGAAUCUCAAGGACGACCACAUAAAAGUAUUAGAGAAGCUUCCAAGAUUGAGAACACUUUUUGCUAGUUACGGGAAUUUUCCAGCACAUCUUGUUUGCUCAGAGGGAGGCUUUCCAUUUCUCGAAUUUCUUUCUCUUGGUUGGUUGUGGAUGUUAAAAGAAUGGAGGGUGGAGAAAGGAGCCAUGCCUCGUCUUUGCAGAUUGCAAAUUGAGGAGUGCUAUCAUUUGGAGGCAGUUCCUGAUGGGCUCCAAUAUAUUACUACCCUCAAGGAACUAACCAUCAAAAGGAUGCUUCUUGAAUUCUGUAGCCGGCUUGGGGAAGGAGGAGAGGAUUUUUACAAAAUCCAACAUGUGCAGUCUGUUAUUAUAACAAAUAUUCGGGCAUAA